GCUAUAUAAGUCACAAAUUCUCACUUGGUGUUUAACUUACGUGGAGCAACCAUACCAGACAAUGUUGAUUCAAUAUCUUCUUGCCACUGUCUUGGUCUUUCAGGCCUCGGCCAGUCCUUUCCGUUUACAUCCUAAAAUUACCGAUGGCGAGGACGCGGAACCAGGCGAAUUUCCUUAUCAAGUGUCUAUUCGAUGGGGUGUACCACCAUUAGUCAAAUAUAAUCAUGCUUGCGGUGGUUCGAUCUUGAAUGAGCGUUAUAUUUUGACCGCUGGACAUUGCAUUCUUAAAUUAGGCAAGCUGCAAGUUUUCGCUGGUAAACAUCACGUUUCGGAAGUAGAGUCCACCGAGCAAGGAGUUCAAGUCGAAAAGGCCUAUGUUCACGAAAAAUAUCCAGGAGGUGUUGCUCCAUACGACAUUGCUAUUGUGAAACUGAAAACACCUCUCGUUUUGAAUAAGAGAGUUUCUGCUGUUCGUCUGCCCAAACAAGAUGAGGUACGAACUGGAGAUGCCGUACUUACCGGAUGGGGUUCCACUUCCAAAGAGUUACUUCCAAAGCUACCUAAAAUUCUUCAGAAGGCUACUCUUCCUAUAUUGGACAAUGAGACUUGUCGCAACAAAUUCCCAGAUGAUAUUAUCGGCAAAGCAAAAAUCUACGACACUCAAAUCUGCACUGACGCUGUUUCAGAGAUGUCCGCUUGCUCUGGUGACUCUGGCGGCCCAUUGGUUCAAUUUGAAAACGGAACUCCUGUCCAAAUCGGUGUCGUUUCAUGGGGUGUCUAUCCGUGCGGUGUAUCCGGCUCUCCUUCUGUCUACACUCGUGUAGCUUCUUACGUUGACUGGAUUAACAAUAUUAUUAACGCAAAUGCGGCUAAUUCGUUGGAUGGUCAAUCAAUCGAGAUGGCUUCCUUCAAGUACAUCAUUCUCUUUGCUCUCCUAGCAGUGGUAUUUGCCGAGAGGCUCGACAACUUCAGGCCUGUUCUUCAAGCUCGACCUCAUCUCGGCUUUAGAGUGCCAUUCUGGAACCAAGUAGUUGGAGGUAGCGAAGCACCGAAAAAUGCCUAUCCAUACAUUGUUUCGCUUCAAUGGGGCAUAGGCAGCGCCUUGCAGCAUUUCUGUGCCGGAUCCAUUUUGGAUAAACAGUGGGUCGUGACUGCGGGACACUGCAUUCAAGCAGUUCCUGACUACGGUGACUUCCUCGUCAAAGCUGGAAAGCACAGCAUUGGAUCUUCCGAGAGCAGCGAACAAUCUAUCAAAGUGCAGAAGUCUUUUGUGCAUAAGAAGUAUCAAGGUGGUGUUGGCCCGUACGACAUUGCUCUGAUAAAACUCGCGAAACCAUUGAAACUUUCGAAAGAAGUGCAGCCCGUUCAGUUGCCAAAGGCAGAAAGCGAUCCGAAGGGUGACGCGAGGCUUAUCGGAUGGGGCUCUACUGAGCGUGGCACGCCGGACAAACUUCAACAUGUCGAUGUAGUUUACGUAGAUCGCCAGACCUGUUACGACUCUGUCAAGCGUCUGACAGGAUCCUCUCCCGUUCACGAGACCAAUGUCUGCUCUGGACCAUUAGAUGGCGGAAUCUCCGCGUGCAGCGGUGAUUCUGGCGGUCCUCUCACCUCGCUGUCAAAUAGCAAACCGGUGCUUAACGGAAUCGUCUCUUGGGGUAUCAUCCCGUGCGGUACCGUGGGCGCGCCAUCCGUUUACACUAGAGUGUCCAAGUUCAACUCGUGGAUUCAAUCGACGAUGUCCAGCAAUUAAUGAAAAUUAUAUUGACGAUGUAUUGAUGUAUACUGAUAACAAGCUAUUUUAUUCAAUAUGACAAAAUAAAUAAUCAGAGCAUUAAAAAGUAAA